AUGCAUUCUCUCAUAUUUUACGCCUCGGCCUGGGCUACGCUGGUUCAUGUUGCUGCCGCAGGAUAUGUGAAAGUCAACUACAACAAGGAGUAUGUCACCAAGCCGCUACUGGCAAAACGGCAAAUUCCAGUAAACGAUCUAGAUGAAAACAUUACUCUGGCAAUUCAAGGAUCCGUUUACUGGCUUGACCUGAGCAUUGGCACUCCACCUCAGCCAUUUCGUCUCCAACUCGACACUGGUUCUAGCGAUCUCUGGGUUCCUGCAAGCAACACUACUGCUUGCCAGGUUCAGGAGGGUGGCUGCCCCGGUGGUGCCUUCGAUCUCGAAGCAUCCUCGACUUUCGAAGUAACUAUUCCAGAAGCCUUUCAAAUUGCUUAUGGAGAUGCCUGGUCAGAUGACCCUCGGUCUGGCAACGUUUAUUGGCAAUGGAACGACGACGCCUUCAACGAUGGCCAUGGCCUGGUCGGGGUGGGCUAUCAAGCCAACAGCAACUCCUUCGCCGCCGCUUCAGCUGCGAAUUUGUCCGCACCAACUAUUGUGGGUGCAAUGGUCGAAAACAAAGAUAUCGACAGGCUUUCAUACAGUCUCUGGCUGAAUGACCAAGAGUCAGGAGAUGGAUCUGUCGUCUUUGGAGGAAUUGACACAGCAAAAUAUGAAGGCGACCUUGUGGCUUUGCAAGUUCUCCCAAACGCCAAAGGAGAGUAUGCCGAGUUUAAUGUUGCCCUGACCGGUAUCUCUUUCAUUGAUGACGUUGGUCCCCACUCUCUCACAAAGGGUGACUUUGCCGUGCCCGCUCUCUUGGACUCUGGCACUGUCGCACAAUGGCUUCCGGAGGACGUGGUUACGCAAAUGACCGAAGGCCUAGGCGCGGUCGACGGCGCUGUUCCCUGCUCGUAUGCACAGUCAAAUGCGUCUGUAGUGUACUCAUUUGGUGGUGAAGGUGGACCCAACAUCACUGUCCCGCUGUCUGCAAUGAUCAGCCCGGCGGACGGUUCUACUUUCGAGAAUGGCACGCCUGCUUGCGCCCUUCUCGUGACUACAGCGGGACAAGGCGAGUCAAUCAUUCUGGGUGAUUCAUUUAUGCGAACUGGGUAUUUCGUUUACGAUCUGGAGAACAAUCUGGUCGCGAUAGCUCAGGCGAAACUCAAUGCCACCGAGGAAUCAAUUACUGCGAUCCCGUCUGGCACCGAACUACCUGGCUGCACAUCAACAAAUACUCUCAUCGUUACUGCUGCGGCCGCAACAUCAGACUCCGGUGCGACCCCUACAGACUCAGGAUCUGGCGCAUCGACAAACGCUGGCUCUGCGACUUUCUCUCUGGGAGUCGCCAGUCAAACAGGAAGUGGAACGACCGCCGCCAGCUCUACUCCUACCAAUGGUGCGGGCCGGCUCAUCGGAAGCAUGGGCAUGGGACUCCUGGUUACAUCGCUGACCAUGAUCGUGUCACUUUUGUGA